CACAGGGCGGGACUUGGAGCGGAAAGAGCCCCGGGAGUCGACACCGUUAUAGCCGAACAUCUUGAAAACAGCAGAACUUUUCCACAAGCAGCCGCGUUUCCUUUCUAGAGAAACACAAUUAUCCGCAGCUUCGAUCUAGUUUGUGAUAAAAAAAAUAUAUAUAUAUAUAAUAAUGGCUUCGUCUCCUCAGAAGUCUCCGUCCUCUCCGAAAUCUCCAAGUCCCAGAUCACCGCCCUCCAGGAAAAAGGACGACUCCUUCCUCGGAAAACUCGGAGGAACUUUGGCCAGAAGAAAAAAGGCAAAAGAAGUUUCGGAGCUCCAAGAAGAGGGCAUGAACGCAAUCAACCUGCCUCUGAGUCCCACUCCGUUUGAGCUGGAUCCUGAGGACACCAUGCUGGAGGAGAACGAAGUCCGCACGAUGGUCGAUCCCAAUUCCAGAAAUGACCCUAAACUCCAGGAGCUCAUGAAGGUUCUCAUCGACUGGAUCAACGACGUUUUAGUAGGAGAGCGAAUCAUCGUCAAAGACCUAGCCGAGGACCUUUACGAUGGACAGGUUCUUCAAAAGCUCUUUGAGAAGCUGGAAGGAGAGAAGCUUAAUGUCGCUGAGGUCACGCAGUCCGAGAUUGCCCAGAAGCAGAAGCUUCAGACUGUCCUGGAAAAGAUCAAUGACACACUCAAAGUGUCCUCCAGGAACAUCAAAUGGAACAUUGACUCGAUACAUGCCAAGAGCAUAGUGGCCAUACUUCACUUGUUGGUGGCUUUGUCUCAGCACUUCCGCGCUCCGAUCCGACUCCCAGACCACGUGUCUAUACAAGUAGUUGUGGUUCAGAAACGUGAGGGCAUCCUUCAGUCUCAGCAGGUCCUAGAGGAAAUUACUGGCAACACCGAGGCUUUAUCUGGAAGACAUGAGCGUGAUGCCUUCGACACCUUGUUCGAUCACGCACCAGACAAGCUGAACGUGGUUAAAAAAACUCUCUUGACUUUUGUGAACAAGCACUUGAACAAGUUGAAUCUGGAGGUGUCUGAACUCGACACACAGUUUGCUGAUGGUGUGUACUUGGUAUUGCUGAUGGGGCUCCUGGAAGGAUAUUUUGUUCCUCUGUACAACUUCUUCCUCACUCCAGACAAUUUUGACCAUAAGGUGCACAACGUUUCGUUUUCCUUCGAGCUGAUGCAAGAUGGCGGUUUGGAGAAGCCGAAACCGAGGCCCGAGGACAUUGUCAACUGCGACCUAAAGUCCACAUUACGUGUUCUCUACAACCUCUUUACCAAGUACAGGAAUGUGGAAUGAAUUCCUGAAGCGCAACGCUUACGUCAGAAACGACAUCCUUAUCAGUAUUAGACACGUUUUUUUAACUUGUGGAUUCUUAUUUACAAUAUACAGCAUUAUUUGUGUAUUCAGUCUGCUCUGUAUUUAUCCAACAUGCUAUGAAAUCUUAAUGCUAUAAUUUUAGUUUACACAUUAAUGAAGGAUUGAGUGAUAUAUAUAUAUAUAUACAAGUUUCUUUUGGGUUUUUAAUCUAAAGUCAUUAUCUGAGUUGGUGCAAAUCAUGACUUCUAGUCAGGUUCACCAUCCAGUACACCCAAGCUCAGGGGAUAAAGCUGGGCUUAUGAUGUUUUCGAUCAAUUAAGUUGUAUUCAGUCCAUCCAGGAUUUCACGGGAGUUUUUGUUAUUGAUAAAAAUGUUUGAUUUUGCUGUCGCUUUUUUUUCUUCUAAAUUUGUGAGAGAUUUUUGUUGUUGGUUUGUUGCUUUUUUUUUUUUUAGAAAUUACUUGAAUUGGUGAAAUUGCAUGCAAGCGUGGGAUUCCUACUAAUGAAGACGUUUACGUUAUAAUUUUCUAUGAUCGACGCAUGUGAAUUGAAGAAGGUUUUGGGCUGAAUGGCCGUUUUGAUGCCGUCACACGACACGUCCUCCAAAUAUCACAGAGUUUACUUGGUUUUGCGUUAAUUUCUAUGCUAAAAACAAAAGACAUAAUCCAGGAGGGAACGUCUAUUCCACAUUGCCGUGUCCUCAUUCUGGAACCGGGCCCUGGAAAACUUCCCCAGUUUUCCCUCAGUGUGGUAGAUUUUUAUCACUGAUGGAAAACGAGGAAAUAAAUAACAGCAAGGUCUUUUACUUUUUAAUUUUAAAUUGUCACAUGAAGUUUGGGAUAGAAGAAUCUGUCUUGCUUUCUAUUAAGUGAACAGACCAAAUUAUCAAGUUCAGGCAAUUCAUUGUGCUGGUGAAUAGGCUUCAAUGUUUUUAUUUUCUGCUUGUAUGAAACUUCUAUAGAUCUGAAGCAAACAGACAUGAAAUUGCCUUCUCCACCCCCAAGGCAAUCAUAGAAUUCAAACCAUAAGCAGGCGAUUGCUACUAGUUUGUAAGAAUGCAAUGUGGCUAUUCUGGAAAAAAAAAAAAAGGAUUCCUUCGUGCAGUUUAACGUGAAGGUCGGAGCGAUCAUUUGUUUCACUGUUGAGGUUUGAAUGCGGUGUAUGGGGCCUGACUGGCUGAGAGGAAAAGCGAAUUCCUGUCCUUGUGCUCUCCUCAUUCACCACUGACCAUUUUGUGUGACUGUCCUGUGUGUACUUUUGAACGAAUGGAAGAGGAAUAAAUUGAUCUCGAUCGCUCAGACACACUUAAUAACUUUCAGACCAAAGGCUGCGUUUUAUUUAACCCCUCGAACAAAAAGCUCGCUUAAGGCAGAGGCAGUGUUUCAUUUUAAUGGCUCAGACCGGCGGUCUUUGUGCUACCAUAAAGUUGCAUGAUGUAAUCUUGCUUUCGGUACUGAAACAGUGGGGAAGGGAAGCUCUCCCUGAAAAGCAGAGGUCACAUUUUCUCCUGCGUGCAGCACUGCACAAUUGGACUCAACAAGGUUAUAAUGGAGGUCAAGGGAUAAUAGAAAAUGUGGAUCUUUUAGGGUGCGCUUCUCUUUGUGCGAUUCACUCUGAGACCUCCGUGUUUCGUCGGCUGUGUAUUUUUAAUGGGCAGAUUUUUUUGUUUUGUUUGGCAUCUUCAGGCACCUAACAAGUUGAAUAAUUUAAUUAAGCCGACUUGUGCGUUUGUGAGAGAGACCUGUGACUGAGUCACACUUUCACGCAGGUUUUGUGGCAGUAAAAUGCUGGCCCGAUGAAUUGUACGCUCCGGUGCCAGGCUGCAAGCUCUCUUUUUUUUUUCCACGCUUCCAAAUUGCACACUUUUUAUCCCAAAAUACACUGUCAAAAGAAGCAUUUUUGGAAAAAAGUACACACCGCCUGUCAUAUUCUUUGGGCCCCAUUAAGAGCCAGCUGUGUUAAAUGUGAAUUUCACUGUUAGUGCCGUCUCCGACAAUGGCCUUUUCGAUAAAAACCUUUGUUCUGCUACAUUUUCUGACCCAUUAUAUGACUGGAGCUGGGGGGAGAUUAAGAGACGAGGGCAUCUUCAUCACUGAGCUGCCUCUGAGAGCCUAAAUAACAGCGAAGACCACCUGUGUAAUUGUCCAGCGCUAGGGCGUCCUGAAUAGCCAUUAGCUUCCCUGCUGCAAUUACCUUUCCUCCGGUCCCCUUCAUGACACCAAGCGUAGCCGAGAGCUCUAGAGAACCUCAACCCCUGUUUACUCCCAAACACAAUGGCUGAAACAGAGUGUCUUAUCCAGGCUGAUAUUGAUUUGUGCUUAAGAUUCGUGUCAUUACGAGUAAUUGAUUCCUCCAUUGCGCCCUCUUAACAUGCCUCGGGAGUGCGUUUACACCUGCACGGAUUGCUGAUAUUUGCCGAUAUAUAUAAGUUCUGAUAUUUUCUAUAAAAUUGCAAGAAAGAAAAAGUGUCAAAAACAUUCAAAUGAAUGUUGUCAUUGUUACUUUGGGAAAUGGCUAACUAUGGGAGCUAUAAACUAUAUCAUGGGAGCUAUCAAAAUGUUUUUAAGCAGUUAAACCUAUUUGUAACCUGCUCUCAAUUUCAUUUAAAGAUGCAGUUUGUAAUUUUUUUUUAACAUUUUCCUAGACCUAGAAUAAUUGCUGAUCCACAAUAUUAUCAUGCAAUGGAUAUGGCUAAGUAUUUUUAGACAACUUUUUAAUUUUUUUCUGACCCUGAAAUUAGCUCCACCCCCAGAUUUGCUCAGCCGCCCCUUUUCCUUAAAAGGUAAAACUUACAAACUGCUCCUUUAAUGGAAAUGUUAUUUAAAAUGUUUAUCUCAGUAUAAGAUAGCUUUGGGAAUUAUUGAAUAACAUGUAAUAAAAUAUGCAUAUCUGUAUUCAAAAUAAAACUUUGAAGAUUUCA